CCUGAUUUUUCCCCGGGUGUUGUCCGGCUCCCCGGCACACACUCCCGGCUGCUACCAUCUCUCCAUGCAGUUCACUUCAUUGUACUGACUGCGCUCAUCAAUUAGACAGGAAUUAAGCCGUUUUGGAUGAAAUUAUUGUCCUUUUAGCACUUCGAAGAGGACGAACCGCCGCGGACGGAGGUGCAGAGAAGUUUUGAGUUGAGGAAAGCGGAGAGGAACGAAGCUCAGGUACCGUGAGACUGUUAUCUCCACUUCCAACUAGUAACGUUACUCAUGUAACGCGAGGGUACUAGCCCGCAAGCUAACUGGCUAGCGUUAGCAUCCCCAACGACCCAACUAGGUUUGACUUCAGGCUGCAGUUUGCUGAGGGAGGAACCGUCGCCUGCUUCUUAUUGUUCAGCCCCCCAGAGCUCAGCCGGACCGGUCCAACAGUACCGUCUGCGGCUCAGCGUCCUGGAAGAGACACAACUGGAGUUUAUUGAGCAGAGAGCGAGUUUAUGAAGCGGCAGCGUCCGUAGAAGAAGAACCAUGCCCUCAGUGAUGGAGCGCUCGGGGGCCGGGGUCCUGUCCAGGAGCAGAGCCAAGACCGUAACCAACGGCAACAGUCAGCCGCACUCUGAAGAGGAGAGCAGCGAUGAAGAGCAUGCCCAUGACAGUAUGAUCAGAGUGGGAGGAGACUACCAGGCGCAGAUCCCCGAGUUCAAACCAGACAGUCCAACCCGCUACAAUGAGAAGGACCAGAGGAGCAUGUUGGUGUGGUGUCCCAACAGUCUGCUGUCUGAUGCAAUGUUGGAUGAGUACAUCCUGAUGGCUAAAGAGAAACAUGGAUACAACAUGGAGCAGGCUCUCGGCAUGUUAUUAUGGCACAAACACGAUGUGGAGCGCUCGCUCGCCGACCUGGCCAACUUCACCCCGUUCCCAGACGAGUGGACUGUGGAGGAUAAAGUGCUGUUCGAGCAGGCCUUCAGCUUCCACGGCAAGAGCUUCCACAGAAUCCAGCAGAUGCUUCCAGACAAGCUGAUCUCCAGCCUGGUGAAGUACUACUACAGCUGGAAGAAGACCAGGACCAGGACCUCUGUCAUGGACCGACAGGCCAGGAGGCUGGUCAGCAAACGAGAGAAGGACGACAGUAAUGAUGAUUUAGAGGAAGGUGACCCUGGCAGUGACAGUGACUUUGAGAUCGAUGCCAAGAAAGAGGCGGUGAAACAGAACCCCAACAGCGCCACCUCUGACAAAGCCACCCCCAGCCGCUCUGGGCCUGUGAAGAAGGAGAGCAUUGGGGCUCAGUACCGCCACCACCCGCUCAGAGCCCGUCGCAGGCCACCCAAAGGCAUGUACCUGGAGCAGUCCGACAUCACGUCCCUGUCAGCCUCCCAGGAUGCUGGAGUUCUCACUGUGCGGCAGCUGGACACACAGCUGGUGUCACUCAAGAGACAGGUUCAGUCAAUUAAACAGAACAACAGUAUUAUGAAACAGGGCUUAAAUGAAGGAGUGGACACGUUCAAACCUGCUGACCCUGCCCCUAAGAUGAACUCCCGUUGGACCACAGAGGAGCAGCUCCUGGCUGUGCAGGCUAUCCGUCGCUAUGGUAAAGACUUUGCAGCCAUCGCCGAAGUGAUUGGGACCAAAACACCAGCUCAGGUGAGUUCAUUUUUCGUGAGCUACCGACGCAGGUUCAACCUGGACGAGGUGCUGAGGGAGUGGGCAGCCGAGCAGGUGGCAACCAACCGAGACCAGAGAGACCUGAGGAGGAGUGGCGAGGAGAUGGCAGCGGCUACAGAUGGAGCAGCUGAGGAGGACGAGGUCAAAAUGGAGGACUCUCCCUCCGAGGCCGCUGGCGGUUCCUCUCCCCCCUCCUCCACUCAGACCCCCUCUAACCUCUCGCAGCCUCCUCCACUGCUGCGCCCCGCCCCUCCCUCAGCUCCACCGAGCCUCCUCCGCCAGCCUCCACCGCUGCAGACGCGUCCUCUUCAGAACCGAGCGCCCCACAACCACCCUCCGCCUCCGCUCAUCCGGCCAGCUGUGACCUCCUCAUCCACUGGGAGCUCCAACCUCAGGGCUUCACCUCCCAACUCCUCCGCUGCAGGGCAGAUGCCUCCAUCGCUGGUUGGGCUCAAAGUCGAGCAGCCCAACUCGCACUGAUACACACAGAUAAUAGUAAUAACGCACACACACACACACACACACACACACCUGCAAUUUAGCAUGCAGACUCCAUGACUCCAUCGUUCCCCGGACCAUCACACAUCACAUGACACUCAGGUCCAUCAGGUGACAUCACAGCUCUUAAAAUGUGGCAGGAAGAGUGUGAGGGGACCCCCGCAGGUCCACUUUGUAAGGCCCUUUACUGUACUAACAAACACCUACCUCCAGACCAGCGUUCUUGAGCAUAACACACACACACACACACACACACACACACACACACACACACUCACUACAAACAAGCUAGGAGCUUAAAACAAACACUACCUGCACACACCUCCCCAGAGAAAACUAGAAAGAGACACUGGAUCGUCAAGCUGUCGAAGAAAGCCAUGACCACACAGAGCUAAACCACCUGCCUGUUUCCAUGGCAACUGCUGAACAUCUGGAAAGUGGAUAUAUAUAUAUAUAUAUA